ACCGUCCGUUACGCAUUGAUGGCUGCUAGACUCCAGCAACGGUCAUAUUUCACUUGUUCCGCCUCCUGGUUGCUCAACAGCAAAAUCAUGUCGCGGACCGAACAUUAGCGUUUAUGAACAUUUAUUUACGUUAAAGUUAGAGUUAUAACCUCAAAACACGCACCAGUUGGGAAGACGCUUGCAAUUAACGGCUAAACUUCAAGCAAAAGAGCCACUUGGAGUGACGUUAUGCUCCAGAGGCUCGCUGCGUCCCUGCGGCUGCCCGCUGCUGCGGCUCCUCUCGCGGCGGCGGUACGAUGCGUCUCCUCGGGGUCAGUGGACGUCAAGGCCCCCCUGAACUUCUGGGCUGGGAAGAGACAGACGAGUCCAGAGACAUGUAACAAGGAACAUGUUUACGAACCUGCAACAGGGCGAGUCUUGUGCCAUUUGGAGCCGUGUGGUGCUGUGGAGGUAGAUCAGGCUGUGAAGGCUGCCGAGUCGGCGUUUGGCCAUUGGAGCAAAUUGUCUGGGAUGGAGAGGGCGAAGAUCAUGAUAGAAGCUGCUCGUAUCAUUGAGAGCAGGAGAGAGGAGAUAGCUGAAAUGGAGGUGGUCAACAAUGGGAAGUCCAUCACAGAGGCCCGUCUGGAUGUGGACUCUGCCAGACUGUGUAUAGAGUACUAUGCAGCGCUGGCUAGCACCCUAGCAGGCCAGCAUGUCCAGUUGGCUGGAGGAUCCUUUGCCUACACCCGCAGGGAGCCUCUGGGAGUGUGUGUCGGCAUCGGUGCUUGGAAUUAUCCUUUCCAGAUCGCUUCCUGGAAAUCAGCUCCAGCCCUGGCCUGUGGCAACUCGAUGGUGUUCAAGCCGUCCCCAGUGACGCCUGUGACAGCGGUCAUGCUGGCAGAGAUCUAUGCCGCGGCCGGAGCUCCAGAGGGGCUGCUGAACGUGGUGCAAGGCGGCCAGGAGACCGGCAGCUUACUCUGUCACCACCCAGACGUCGCCAAGGUGUCCUUCACCGGGAGUGUGGCCACGGGCAAGAAGAUUAUGGAGAUGGCCUCUAAGGGGGUGAAGCCGGUGACUCUGGAGCUUGGGGGGAAAUCUCCUCUGCUCAUCUUUCAGGACAGCGAUCUGGAGAACGCUGUGAGGGGAGCUCUGAUGGCCAACUUCCUGUCUCAAGGCCAGGUCUGCAGCAAUGGUACAAGGGUCUUUGUCCAGAAGGAUAUUCUGCCUGAGUUUGUGGAGGAGGUGGUGAAGAGGACACGGGCCAUCCAGAUAGGAGACCCACUACUGGAGAGCACACGAAUGGGAGCGCUGGUCAACCGGCCACACCUGGAAAAAGUCCUCUCCUUUGUUGAUCAGGCAAAGAAAGAGGGAGCUACAGUGCUGUGCGGAGGUGAAGCUUUUGUACCAUCAGAUCCCAAACUCAGAGGUGGAUAUUACAUGACUCCAUGUGUAUUGGGCGACUGCACAGAUGAGAUGACCUGUGUGAAGGAGGAGAUCUUCGGUCCCGUCAUGUCUGUGUUGUCCUUUGAGACAGAAGAGGAGGUGCUGCUGCGAGCCAAUGACACCACCAUGGGUCUGGCUGCAGGAGUUUUCACCAGGGACGUGAGGCGAGCCCAUCGUGUUGUGGAACACCUCAAGGCUGGUUCCUGUUUCAUCAACAACUACAACAUCACUCCAGUGGAGGUUCCUUUUGGAGGCUUCAAAAUGUCAGGCAUAGGGCGCGAGAACGGACAGGUGACGGUGGAAUACUACUCCCAGCUGAAGACGGUGUUUGUGGAGAUGGGAGACGUGGACAGCCUCUUCUAGGACACGCUCAUCGAGAGGAACAUGUGACAGUGACCCAGAGACUGAAACCGACGGUCUGGACCAGAACAACACUUCAGGGAAAGAGCUCAAAGUGAUGAGGAACACGCCUGAAUCAGAGGAGCGCGAGUCUGUACUGUAUAAUGUGAAAUAAAUGUAAUACUGAAGCAGUCUGCAGCAACUAGCUGUGUAGAAUAGCAGGAAUCUUAAAACACAUUUGAAUCAAAGUUAUCAUGUGUGAAAUGGAUCAAAUGACAGAUCAUUGCUGAACCUUGAUUGAUUUCAGCUCCACUGUGAUACUGUGAUCAUUUGCACUGUAUGUUUUCUCACUUGAUAUAUUUUGUCGCCCAUGUGCAAAACAACAGUUUUACAGAGUUGUACUUCACAACAGAGAAGGGUUUACAAGUCGAGCUGUAUUUCUUGAUCAAUAUAUUUUUAUAAACACAAAAUACAAAACAAAUUGAGCCCCUUGAAUGAUGUAUUGAUUUAAUUAAUCAAGAUUGUUCAGUUCAUUUCUGCUUUUUGUACAAUGUUGUUUAAAUUAGAACUAGACAGUAACAUCCUGCCUGGUGGGAAAAAUAAUUAUGUACGGAACCAGUCUUGACACAUUUUCAUGUCAAAUAUAUUGUAACAUAACAUAAAACUGUGUUUAACAUUUCAAUAAAAUGAAGAAAUAAUUCAUGUUUGUGUUCACAUUAC